AUGGCCAAGUUUAAGGGUCGCGGAGGCAGAGGCGGCGGUAGAGGUGGUGGCCGUGGUGGUGGCGGUAGGCGGGAUACCCGUGAGAAUCGUUACCGCCCCGAUAUCACGAAAGCACACGAAAAAAUGGAGCGCUACUACAAUGAACUUCUAGAGCUGUCGGAGGAAGAGAAAGCGACCUUCUGGGAAGCGCUCCGUCGAGAGCUGCCCAACAGCUUCAGAUUCUGCGGCUCCAAGGGACAUGCGCUUACUGUGAAGCGCCUCCUCGAGAAACGCUACAUCCCUGAGAUUGUCGAAAUGACCAACUACGACGGCAUGCCAGUCGAAGCUCCCCUCCCUGUGCCUUGGUACCCCGACAACCUGGCAUGGUGGAUGACAACUCCCAAGAACGUCAUCCGUCGCUACCCACCUUUUGCCAAAUUCCAGAAAUUCCUCGUCUCGGAGACUAGCGUCGGAAAUAUUAGUCGGCAGGAGGUCGUCAGCAUGAUUCCUCCCUUGCUCUUGGACGUCAAGCCGGGCCAUGUUGUCUUGGACUUGUGCGCUGCGCCUGGAAGCAAGGCUGCUCAGCUCCUGGAGAUGCUCCAUCAGGGCGAGGAGGGCCGCAUACUCAAGGCCUUGCAGAUACACGCAAACGAGGAUGGUCGCGAGGUCCCUGCGUACCCGGGCCUGGAGUCUGUCGAUAUGGAAGUUGACCCGAACGAUGAUGGUCGCGCUACCGGCCUAUUGAUCGCGAACGAUAUGGACUACAAGAGAAGUCACCUUCUGAUCCACCAGCUGAAGCGACUCUCUUCGCCCAACAUGAUCGUGACCAAUCACGAUGCGACGCUGUUUCCCUCGCUGCAGCUUCCUUCCGCGAACCCUGCCCAGGUUCAGUAUCUCAAGUUCGAUCGCAUCUUGGCUGAUGUGCCCUGCUCUGGAGAUGGCACGCUCCGCAAGAACGUUAACCUUUGGAAGGACUGGAUCCCUGGGAAUGCCCUGGGUCUGCAUCAGACCCAGGUUAGGAUUCUCGUCCGCGCCCUGCAGAUGCUCAAGCCUGGAGGCAGAGUCGUCUAUUCGACAUGCAGCAUGAACCCUGUUGAGAAUGAGUCUGUCAUCGCUGCAGCCAUUGAGCGCUGUGGUCAUGAAAAUGUCGAGAUUUUGGAUUGCAGCAGCGAGCUCCCUGGCCUCCAACGUGUACCUGGAAUGACAAAGUGGAAGGUGAUGGACAAAGCGGGCCGCACCUGGAACGACUGGAAGGAGGUCGAGGAAUGGACUGCGAAAGAGAGCAAGGACGGCCUCAUCCCUGGAAAGCUGGUACCAACCAUGUUCCCACGCAAACAGGACGAUGAUACCCCAGCAGUCCCGCUGGAGAGGUGCAUCAGAGUAUAUGCGCACCAGCAGGACACUGGAGGAUUCUUCAUUACCGCGCUGCACAAGAAGAAGGAGUUCAAGGCCAAGCCUGAAAAUUGGAUGUCACUUGCAAACAAGACCACUGGGGCCCAGCAAAGCGAGCCACAGCCCGAGGAUGGCGCAGCAAUUGCAGCUGCUCUCGUCAAGGCUGAGGAAGAGGGGUCUAUUGAAGCCAAGGUCGAGUCCUCUACGAAGCCUGCGGACACAAAUAUUGAGGAUGACGUGGACAUCCAGACGGAGGGAGCAGGAGCACCCAGCGCUGGGACAAGUAGCCCUCUGAAGCGGGCGCGCCAAGACGAAGGCGAGCCACAGCCAGAGGCAAAGCGCCAACAGACUGACGCUGCACAAGCGCAGUCCGACGUGCCACCCACGGGCUACUACGACGGCGAGAAGGAGCAAGAGCCCCCAGUCGAGCACAAAGAUACAGCCGAGGAGCAGCAGCACCAGCAGCAAAAGAAUGGCGAUGCCACUCCUGUGCAGAAGGAACAGACCGCGGCUGACGGCUACGGUGGCAAGGCCGCCAAGAAAGAGAACAAGCAGCCAUUUGAAGAGCCGUUCAAAUUCCUUUCUCCAGACAACCCCGUCAUCAAGAGCGUGCAAGAAUUCUACAAGAUCUCACCCCGCUUCCCAUCGGAUCGUUACAUGGUGCGCAACGCAAUGGGCGAGCCCGCCAAGGCGGUCUACUACACCAGCGCCCUUGUCCGGGACGUCCUGACUGCCAAUGAGGGCCGGUCAACAAAGUUCGUUCACGGCGGUGUCAAGAUGUUCAUGAAGCAGGAUGCCCCCUCGGCCGAGGUCUGCAGGUGGCGUAUCCAAAGCGAGGGCAUUCCUAUUUUGCAGGGUUACGUCGGGCAGGAGCGUGUCGUGGUUCUGCGCAACAAGGAAACACUCCGCAGGCUCCUGAUUGAGAUGUUCCCGCGCAUCAGUGACGGGGAAUGGCAGAAGCUGAACGAGAUCGGCGAGCGGGUGCGCGACAUCGGAAUGGGGUGUCUCGUGCUGCGCAUCGAGCCGGAUGGCACUGAUGAGGACUUCAGCGAGAGGAUGGUGCUCCCUCUGUGGAAGAGUUUCCACUCCCUCAACCUCAUGCUGCCGAAGGAGGACCGUAGCGCCAUGUUGCUGAGGAUCUACAACGACACUACCCCGCUGGUGAACAGCAUCCUCAAGAGGGACCAGAAACAAGGUGAGAAGAAAGCUGACGGCGACAACGGUAUCGAAGCGGAGCCUGAGGCCGCCGUCGUGGCGGCUACUGAGGCCGAGGUGGGCGACAAUGACGACAGCGCUCCUGUAGACGCCAUGGAGGAGGACACGACAGCAUCAGCACCGGCGGCCUAG